AUGCCCUCCUGCCACGUCCUGCGAGUCUUCGACCUGAACAAGGGCGUGGUGGGAUGGGGCGCUCUCCCCCGUUCCGUGCUGCAACCUGGUUCCGCCGAUGCCAACACCUCGCUCUGUGUGGUCUGGACCAGGGCCCCCGGCUGCGGUCGACGACCGAUCUUCGAGACGACUCCGGCCCAUCGGACGCAAUCCGUGAUCCAUCGAUCUGCCCCGGCCCCACCUUCGCGCUGCUCGGCGGGGGACUUGUGGGACAUUGGUUUUGCUCAGUCCCAUUGGUACCUUCACGACUGGGGCAGCUCUAGUGUCGCGGCAGGCGGGAAAAAUGAAACGCUGACGAUGCUAAAGAAGCUAGUGUGCCCUAGCAGGGCGGACAGUGCUGAUGCAGAGCCGAACACGCACAAGGAGCCCGCACAACUUCACACCUUCCCGCCCGUUGGACGCUCAUCCAACGCGUUCAACCGGCAAACCCCAAUUUCUGCCAGCGCCGACCCGCAAACGGAUAUCAAACGGAUAUCCUUUCCUCGUCUGGUUGCCCCAUUCAGCCUGCAGCUGCGUCGGCACCAGUGGUUCCCGCAGAGCAUUUCCAUAAGAGGCACGGACCACACUCUCGAGUACCGUUCCUCUGGCCCUGGGUCCGCCACAAAAACGCUCCGGCGGGCCAUGUCAUUGUCGCCGAUCAACCUAAAGAUCUUGGUGCUGGGCGAGAGAUAG